AUGCCCAACGCCAAGGACGCAAUCAAGGGGUUCAUGUCUAGAUCGGGACAGCACACCACAACUGUGCAUGAGACAGCAGCACCGGCUGUCCAGCACGAGGUGGUCAAGCCAACUCAGCACGAAGAGGUCAACACCGCUCUCGACAAGGAGGUCCACCAAGACCACUACCACCACAAGGUGCAACCCGUCCAGGACAGGGAGGUUCUCCCUGAACAGCACACCCAUAACGUUGCCGCGGUCGAGCACCGAGACUUCGACCACCGCGACAAUGACAAGACGCGACAAGCACUAGAGGCCGAGGCCGCGAAGUUCAAGGACGAGCGUGUCAUCCAGGAGACCGCCCGGUCCCAGAGCCACGCCGCCGCCGUCCAAGGCGAGCAUGUCCACCACCACGUCCACGAGACAGUGCAGCCUGUGGUACAUAAGGAGACGAUCCAGCCGAGUGUCGUCCACACUGCCGUCCCCAUCCACGAGACGCACCACAACGCCGCCAAGCACCACGCCACCUCCACCCUGCCCCCCGUCAACAUGUCCGAAUAUAAGAAGCAGGGCGGCGCCCUCGGCGGCAAGGAAGAGCGUUUCGGUUCCUUCGAAGGUGAGCCCAGCGUGCAGAGCUCCUCCAUCGGAGGUGCGACUGGCACCCACCGCACCGAGACUCCUGUCAGGGGUACCUCUCACGGUGAUUUUAACCCGCUUGACGCAGGAAGGGAGCAUGAAGUAGGAGGCUUCCGCCGCGCGGGCGAGGGUGGUAUGGCUGGUGCUGGCAUGAAUGAUAUGCGGAAGGAGCGUGGGUAUGGGCAGGAAUACGGACACGAGAGAAAUGACUCCGGUAAGGGUUUGGACUCUCCUACUGGGGAGAGAAAGCAGCCGGGUCUCAUGGACAAACUGAACCCCAAGGUUGAUGCUGACGGUGAUGGCGUGGCUGGGUUCAUGAAAUGA